GGAAUUAAAAUUAGACUAUCGAAUGAGGUGGCGUCAUUUGAAAUGUAUAAGGUUUAUUCAUUACAAAAUUAUGAAGGUGGAAAAAGUGUACUUUGUAGUUUUGUACCAUAUAAAAAGAGGUGAAAGAGAGCGAAAUUUUGUAAUGUGGUUAGUUUAGUAAGGAACAAGAAAGAAAGAAAAUGAUGAGAUGGACAUUUUAUCAGACUGGCAAAACAAACACACCUUUCAAUUAAUCCAUACACUUCAAUUUUUGCAAAUUGAAGCUGUGUUUUGGAAUAUUUUGCAAAUUUCACGUAAUGAAUAAAUAAACAAUGCAACUGUCUUCUUCUCUGUUUCUUGAAGCAAAUACUUCACUGCAAAUCCUCCAUUUUCAUUUUCUAAGCUAACUCCUCAACUACUAUUUUUACGACAUCCCACCCAUACCUCUCCUUCUCUUGUUAAAUACUUUUAUCUUGUCAUUGCUCUUUUCUGUUCAGAAUUCUGGUUUUAUGCAGCCAUUCCCUAAUUAACCCAAUGCCAAUGUCUGCUUGGAUUUUCACUUUGCUACUUGUAUGUGGCUUCAUUAGUAGUGCUUUUGCUGAUAAAAGAGCACGCACAGAGAGGAUUUCAGGAAGUGCUGGUGAUGUGUUGGAAGAUGAUCCGGUUGGACGGUUGAAAGUGUAUGUGUAUGAGCUGCCAAGCAAAUACAACAAGAAAAUCCUGCAGAAGGAUCCCAGAUGUUUGACCCAUAUGUUUGCUGCCGAGAUCUAUAUGCACAGGUUCCUUUUAUCCAGCCCUGUUAGGACCCUUAAUCCUGAUGAAGCUGAUUGGUUUUAUACCCCAAUCUACACCACUUGUGACCUCACACCUACUGGCCUGCCAUUGCCCUUCAAAUCUCCACGUAUGAUGAGAAGUGCCAUCCAACUUAUUUCUACCAGUUGGCCCUAUUGGAAUCGCACAGAAGGCCAGGAUCAUUUCUUUGUUGUGCCCCAUGACUUUGGGGCCUGCUUCCAUUAUCAGGAAGAGAAAGCUAUUGAACGGGGGAUUUUCCCAUUACUCCGUCGUUCUACUUUAGUACAAACGUUUGGACAACGGAAUCAUGUAUGCUUGAAACAAGGUUCCAUUACAAUUCCUCCAUUUGCUCCUCCACAAAAGAUGCAAGCCCGACAGAUACCUCCAGAAACUCCGCGAUCCAUCUUUGUCUAUUUCCGAGGCUUGUUUUAUGAUGUAAAUAAUGAUCCUGAAGGUGGUUACUAUGCGAGAGGAGCGAGAGCCGCUGUUUGGGAGAAUUUCAAGAACAAUCCUCUAUUUGACAUCUCAACAGAACAUCCAACAACCUAUUAUGAAGACAUGCAGCGAGCUAUAUUCUGCUUGUGCCCUCUCGGUUGGGCUCCGUGGAGUCCGAGGUUAGUUGAAGCUGUGGUGUUCGGGUGCAUUCCUGUCAUCAUAGCCGAUGACAUUGUGUUACCCUUUGCGGAUGCUAUACCAUGGGAGGAAAUCGGAGUGUUUGUAGCGGAGGAAGAUGUUCCUAAUUUGGACACUAUUCUAACAUCUAUACCAACAGAAGUAAUACUAAGGAAGCAGAGGCUUCUCGCAAAUCCUUCGAUGAAAAGAGCAAUGCUGUUCCCUCAGCCUGCGCAAUCUGGCGAUGCAUUUCACCAAAUCCUGAACGGGUUAGCUCGCAAAUUGCCGCAUGGCAGGAGUAUUUAUGUUAAGGGUGGUGAUAAGGUUUUGAAUUGGACAGCUGGGCCAGUAGGGGACCUGAAACCUUGGUGAGUGAAGGUGAUGUGUUUCCGAAAUGAAACUCUUGCGAUACCAAAAAGAAAAAGGAAAUUUUGUUUCUUGUAGAGAUGAUAUAUUUUGUACAUUUGAACAGUGCUUUGUAUACAUCAUGUUUUGGGAGCAUUUGUGAUGUCAAUUUCAGCGUAGAUUCACUUUCA